UGUCAUUCCCGGCGUCUCCUCAGCAAUGGCUCUGCCUCUUAAGGUCCUGAGUCGGGGCCUGGCCAGUGCAGCCAAAGGAGACCAUGGCGGGGCAGGAGCCAACACCUGGCGCAUCCUGACCUUUGUGCUAGCACUGCCCAGUGUGGCGCUCUGCUCCCUCAACUGCUGGAUGCACGCUGGCCACCAUGAGCGCCCAGAGUUCAUCCCUUACCACCACCUCCGCAUCCGCACCAAGCCCUUCUCCUGGGGGGACGGCAACCACACGCUCUUCCACAACCCCCGUGUCAAUCCUUUGCCCACCGGCUAUGAGGACUCUUGA